GAAUUGCUUUUUCCGGAUUCCAAUUUUAUCUGGGAUUCGAUUUUCCCGAUAAAUCUUUUAAAUUUUUCGUUAUUGGAUAAAAUAAAUAUUUUUACGCAAUAUUCCGUUAAUACGUCGUUUUUCUGGUAUUUUUAUUUUAUAUUACAUAUUAAUCGUUUUUUUAUAAAUUUGUUUAAUGGUAUAAUUUCGAAUCCUGGUCGGCCCUUAAUUUUUGAAAAUAAUAAAUGGUAUUUUUUUAGGUCGUUUUUUUUGGUUAAUUUGCUCGCAAAUCCAAUUUUUAAUAAUAUUGGCGGAGCGGUUCCUGGUAAUCCUGGAGGUAGUUAA